AUGAGAUGUGUACGAGUAGACGUGCCUGGCGAACCGCUCAAACUGCACUACAAUGAACCGAUUCCAGAGGCCCCUGAUGCCGGUGCAGUAGUUAAGGUGUCCUACUGUGGAGUGUGCCACACUGACGUCCAUUUUUGGGAAGGAGGUUACACCCUCAGCAAGGGACAAACAAUGCGAUAUCUGGACAGGCCAGGCUUCAAGUACCCAUGUGUACCAGGACAUGAAGUUUGCGGAGUCGUGUUCUCUUUGGGUAAGAACGCCACCAACGACGGUGAUUUGAAGCUCGGAGACAAAGUGGUCGCGUACCCCUGGUUCUACUGCAACUCAUGCCGCGCAUGCCUUAAUGGAUACAACAACUCUUGUGAUGAAGUGCCACCAAGCUAUCUUGGGAUGACGCAAGAUGGCGGUUUUGCAGACUAUGUUGUUGUGCCGUACGUAAGGUACCUGGUCACCUUUCCGAUGUCCAUCCCUCUACCAAUAGCUAGCCAACUUCCAUGCAGUGGCCUGACAGCAUUUAAUGCCGUCGACGAAGGGGUGGAAUUUGUUAAGUCAACCAUGGAAAUCAAAGGCAACUGUUGUGUUGUGGUUUUUGGAGCCGGUGGUCUUGGUCAGUGGGGAGUACGUUUUGCCAGAGCCCUCUACCCACCCGAAACUCAGAUCAUUUGUACUGAUGUCAAGCAAGAGUCCUUAGAUGCAGUCACCAGUGACGUCAAGGACGUUGUUCCAAUUCUAACCCGGAACCAGACUACCGAGGAAAGCGUCCAGCGAGUUAAAACCACCUCUGUCAGUGGAAAGGGAGUUGAUCUCGUCUUGGAUUUUGUUGGACUUUCAGAAACUUUCAUUGUCGCAAAGAACUCCUUGAGAAUGCUUGGUCGGUACCACGUGUGUGGACUCCUAGGCGGGCAGGCGGACUUCCCUUUGCCUGAUAUGGUCCUACAUCGGAUCCAGAUGCACGGCAUCAAAAUCGGCAGCUUCGUCCAGCUCAAAAAACUCGUGAAGCUGCUGGAAAAAACGCCGUCUUUGUGCGCCAAUCUCCCGUAUUCAGUGCAUCCCCUGGUAGAUGCCCAAAGUGUUAUGCAUCAACUCAUCGAUGGUAAGGUGACCGGGCGAGCCGUUUUACGGUGCGGCGAGAGUGACGACUGCUAGCCUCAAUCAGUACCCGUUCGUUGAUUUUUAUCGCACAAAUAGUUUAAAGAAAAAAUGACACCUUAUUUGGAGCAUGACUGGUCACUAAAGUAGUUUCAGUUGUAUGGGUUUAUCUAUUUUUGUGGCGCAUACUAAAAUUGUACCCCAAGUGAUGCUUCAACAUAGUUGUCGCGGUUUCGUAGGUAGCUUUCAAAGUUUAGUUCCUUUUAUAGCUAAUUGGUAGUUAUACCAUAAAGCACAUUAUACCAUAAAGCACACCAGCAUCAUAUGCGGCAGACCGGUGUCGCGUGCAAUUAUGUCCUCUAUGCAAUACUAUCCGGAGGACAUAUUUGCAUGCAAUAAUGCCGCCG